GUCACAUCGCGGCGCCCCGGCCUCGGAUUGCCAUGGCGGCCGGCGAGGAGGCCGGAGGCGCUGUGCCUGGCUUCCUGUUUGGCUCCCUCGCCUUCCAGCACCUCAAUGCCGACUCGGACACGGCUUGCAGCUCUGAUAAGGUGAGAUUUAAACUUUGGCUCUAACGAAUAUCACACUGUUACUGCAAAAGCAGCAAAAUCCCAACUCCUGUGAAGACGGGAGGACAAGUACUACAUGAGCAAAUAAGUAGAUGAAUGUGGAAGAUUUUGUGGACCAACUUAGAAGCAUUGGUGUGUGCAAAGUUGCAGAGGGAUUUCUGCUCGGGGAAAUUAAAGCAGAAGCAAAAAACAGUAUUACUGAUUCCCAACUGGAUGACAUUGAGGUGGUGCACACCAUAGAUAUACAGAAACAUAUUCCAUGUUACUGGCUAUUCAGUUUUUAUAAUUCUGCUGGCGAAGUGGACGAGACGGCAUUGCAGAAAAUACUGUUAAAUCAGGAAAAGAAUGUUAUUGGUUGGUAUAAGUUCAGACGUAACACAAAUCAGACCAUGACAUUCCGAGAACGUCUCCUUCACAGGACCCUUCAGAAGCAUCUGAAAAACCAACAGCUGGUGUUCUUUCUCUUUACUAGCAAGUUAAGCAGAGAGAAUGGUUCCACGCACAGUCUGGAGUAUACGCUGUAUAAACCGCAGGAAAGUUUUAUUCAACGAAUACCUAUAUCCAUAACCAAUCUAGGAAUGUCCGAGCAACAAGACUACAAAACAUCUUCUGGACCAAGUACUGCUGGAGGCUAUUGUCGAGCGAUGAAGAAGCACAGACUUGUGUUUUUUGAUCAAGAAGGGUCCUUAAAAGAGGUUCAGAGAAUUAAAGGCGUGUUUGGUACACUGCAGGAAGAAUUGAAGACCACUUGUUUAAAGGUAGAAGAAAGUGAACGCUCAGUGGAACGUUUGCUAACUGAUGUACGAAGACUCAGGGAAACGGUAUCUGAGAAGAAAAGGCUGCGCACACUGAUUCCAGGAGAGAAACAGAAUCAUGACCUGAUAGAAAAGAACAUACACUUGUGUCAGGCUUUGAAGAAAGCUUUCCCAAACUCAAAACUUUUACAGUCUGUGUCAAUUACAAGAGAGGGUCAAGUUCUGCCAGUCCAGUGUCACAGUGAAGACAACAGGAUGAGCAUAAAAGACACGGUCACUCAGGUCUCAGGAAAAAGCAUCCAUACAUCAUCCUCCGAGAGGGCUAACGCUUCCGGGAUUACAUGUAAACGGAAAGCAAAAAACUGUCUUAAUCGUCUAAGUCAGGGUAAGAAACGGAGAACAGUUUGGCCAAAGGCCAGGAGAUCAGCAAGUAGAGACAGUGAGGGCAGUGAAACUGAUUCAGUGAACAGAUUGACUGAGUCGGAGAAUGAAGGGGAUGUGCUAGAUCAGUACAACAAUGAUAUAAGACGUUCAGCUUCACCAACAUUCUGAACUUUACAAACACUUGGACCCGAACUGCAAUAAAGCAAACCCUACUUGAGAAAUGCAAAGUGCCAAAUCUUUUUCCACACGGAUAUUGAAAAGGAUGUUCGCCUUUCUUCAGAUGGAAAGCAUGUUGCGACUUGGGGAGGAGGAGAGGGAAGUACUUUAUCCUGAGGAAAGUACUUCAUUUUUUAAAUCAAUUACAGUGACUUCACUUUUUGAAAUAUUCAACAGUUAUACUGGAGGCAUAAACAAUUUUAAUUUUUUGCAGAAUCAAUGUACUUGUGAUGAGGUUAAGAAAUGGUUUUUGGAAUACAGUACUGUUCUUUUCACUAUUAGUGCCUGGAAUUAAAUCUCUCUUCUCUCCUGUCCUUGGUUUUUGAAAAACAGAUUUGUUUUUUUUUCUGCUCCCUUUAGUGCCCAGCUGUGCUCCAGGCCACUCAAUAAGCUUCUCAAUAAACCCCUAAAAUGGAGCUGUGGUCAUCCUGCUGAGUGGUUAUCUAAGACUAGUGGGUAACUUCUUCGAUGCUUAAGCAGUGGGGACACAUGGAACAUUAGUACUUCCCCCUUAGAAAACCAAGUUACAAAUUGGAAGGACUAGCAAAUAUAUGCAAACCUUUUAAGUUUGCAGGGCUAAAAUGUGCAAAAUUACAAUAUUUUUGUUGAAAAUAAAACCUUUUACAAUAUCUAGUACAAGCAACCUAAUCUCAGGCUAAUUUUCAAAUGUAAAACUGGCUAUGACAUUGACUUGACAUUUCCUUCAAAGGCAAUAAGAAUGGCUACUGCUGGAAGACGGUGUUCUGAUGUUGGAUGUUAUGGAUGCAAAUGAAGUUCACUGCUGACGCAUCCCAAGGUGCUUCACGAAUAUAACCUAGAUAAAAAUCAUCAGCCAAAGAAAAUGAUCAGAUAGCUGAACAAAAGCUGGGUGAAAGAAGUAGGUCUUAAGGAGCUUCUUAGUGUAAGACAAUGAUGAAGAUGUUUAAGGAGAGAUAUCCAGAGCUUUGGGCCUAGAUAGCAGAAGCCACAGCUGCCAAUAGAGGGGGCAAAUGAAGUGGUGGAUGAACAAGACACUAGAAUUGGCAGAACACAGUUCUCGGAGGGUUCUAGUGCUGGAGGUUGUUGCAGGAAGGGAUAUGAGAAUUGAAUGAAAGAAUUGCUGGACCAGGAGCCACUGCAUACCGAGCAGCACUGUUAUGGAGGCGGUCUUUGUGACGGAGAGGAUAUGGGGUCAGAAGCUCAACUCAGCUUCAAAUAGAACAAAGAGGUUACAAACAGUUUGGUUCAGCCUGGGGCAAUGGCCAAGAAGGAGAAGAAAUCGAUGGCUGGACAGCAGAAUUUUGUCAUGGACCAAAAGCAAUGGCUUCAAUCUUAGUUGGGGGAAAUUUGCCUCUUCUAGGGUUGGAUGUCAGACUAGAAGUUUGACAACACAGACAGUGGAGAGUUAAAAAGGUGGUGAGGUAGCACUGGGUAUCUCCAGAUUAAAUGUGCAUUUGGAUAUGUUUUUUGAUGGUGUCAAGAUAGAUACAGCACUAUUCAUCUGAGCACAGGCUGUCACUGUCCCACUUGAAUCAGGCAAUGGGAAAGAACAUAAUAAAUGUUCAGUCAUUUGUCUUGUUUUUUCUUAAGGGAGUAGUGAUGGGAUUGCUGAAGGACCAGCUGUAUCAGUUGGUGAUCUUUGAAGUUGUCUAAGAACAGACUUUAGUAUGCCUAAUUUCAAACAGCAGCUAUUAGGUGGAGUGUUAUAUGUGGUAUAGGGUGGACCAACUGUUGCCUGGCGUGCCUUCAAUUUGUGACAAUACCAGUAGCAGCCGCGGUGGUGACCUCUGUGCUACAGGCCAUGGACAGUGAGGAUAUCUCAUUCUCCCAUUGCUGCUGUAGAAGCUUGGAGGCACAAAUUCCAAGAUGCGGUCAGAGCUGAUUAACUCAUGUGUAGAAGACUUGUCUCAAUAAGGGAUGUUCUGAGAUCUCGCAGAUCGUCACCAUUGUGUUCAUUUCGAUCACUGGGUAUCCUCCAGCACUAUGGGCCGAGCAGUAGUAAUGUGCUAGCAUAAAGCCCUGCAACCUCAAAGCAAUGAGGCUCUAGCAAAGGAGAUCCCUGGUUAUCCCUUAUAAAGGUCCAUCAUAGAUAUGUGGAAGUCCUUUAACCCCUACUGUUUGUACAUAGGACACACUAGAGGAAUUCAGCUUCGCAUGCUUGUUUUACAUUCUAUUAGAUAAUGGCUGGCCUGUACCUCAACUCCAUUUGCAUAUCCAUAAUCUCUUGCUGCUUUUACCUAACAACCUGUCCGUCUCAGUAUUGAAUUUCAAUUGACCCACAUCCAGAGUCUUUUUGGGGGGAGAGAAAUCCAAAUUUCCACCACCUGUGUGUAAAACUACUUCCUGCUUUCACUCCUCGAUAGUCUAACUCUAAUUUUAAAAUUAUCCUUUUGUUUUGGGCUUCCCUCCUGGAAGAAGUAGCUUCUCUGUAUUGAGUGUGUAGAAUCCUUUAAUCAUUUACCAUCUGAUAAAUCACCCCAUAUCCUUCUAAGCUCAAGGGAGUUCAAGCCAGGUUUAUCACAAUUUAAGUCCUGGUACCAUUCUGCUGACUGUAAUGUACCUUAAGACCAAAAUAUCCUUCCAGAAGAGUGGUCCCAGAAACUGAAAACAAUACUCAAUAAGGAUUCAAUCAAACAGUGGCCUUGCAUAAUUGCAGCAACACUUUCUCACUUAUUCAAACCCUUGGGAUAAAGGGCAAAAUUCCAAUGGUGUUUUUGAUGAAAAGCUAACGCAUAAGUACAAAAAGUAGUGAUGCGUACGUGGACAUCUAAAUCCCUUUGCUCCUUGCUGCUCAUUGUUUAGAAAAUAUUCUAAUUUGUCAUUCUUGGCUCCAAAAUGGACAGCCUUACCAUUUCCAUACUGAACUGUAGCUUCCAUAGUUUUGCCCACUCCCUUAUCUACGGUUAUGAUUUCCUAUUCCCAUCUACAAAAUUACUGUGCUUGCUAACUUUAUCUACAAACGUGGAUAUACAUAUAUAUAUAUAUAAUAUAUAUAUAUAUAUAUAUAUAUAGUGAAACGCUGAGACUCUACUACGGGGAAUGUCACUUAUCACGUCCCAACCAAUUAGCAAGCACCAGAUAGAAGCUCAUGACACAAACUGUGGUUGCAGAACAUAAUUAAUGUUGCUGUUCUGUCAGAUGAAUGCUGAAGAGGAUGUGGCCAGGAUGCAUGUUCAUAUACAUUACCUGUGCAUGCUCUGAAUCCAACUACUUUGCGAAGCAUACUGGCCCAUCAAAGGAUAUGACCAGCAUGAACAUUCCUUCACUCACCAAAUUGUCUGCUAGGUUUGUGCACAGAAUGUUACCUGAGAUUUAGACUACAAAAAAAAAAUGUCACUGCUAUCAGUACCAAGCAUUGUGGACUGACUGGAAUCCUAAAUGGGUUCCCCCCUCACAAAAUACUUUUGCAGAGGGAGGGUCUAGUUUGGGAGCACAUUAAUUGAUCCACAACUGCAGAAAAGAUAUGCCCACCUGUAAUUUUUUUUUAAAAGUGUAUUACCUUCAUGUCAGGCCACAUCGCCUCUCACCCCACCUCCAUGUUCACCCCUCAUCUUGAAGUGUGUGAAACUGCAAGUGUACAUAGCCAUGUCAUCAAUACGCCCUCUUGUAAUACUGUUGAAUAUACUACUGUAUCAAUGUAAAACCAGUGUGCAAUUUUUCUCCUUUGCAAAAAAAAAAUAAAUCUUUAUACUU